GUGGCCCCCCUCCGGUCAGUCCACAGACAACUGGACACCUUCCACAUGGACCUGAAGCGGGCCCGGAUGUCGCGCGGGGAGUUUAAGGCCAUCGCUACCACUCUGUGUUCAAACCCAGUCGUUUCCCGCCUUGAUCUGACGGAAUGCAUGCUGGAUGACGUCAAGGUCGUGUACCUGUGUGACCUUCUCGCAGAGGAUACCUGUUUAACGGACUUGGGGAGAACAAUCGUUUGGUCUAUCUUGACGUGAGUUGGAACAACCUGAGGAAGAAAGGGGCCACAGACUUCCUGUUGGGCAUUGCUAGCAACUCAAACUUGGAACACUUGGAUGUCUCCUGGAACGGGCUGCGUGAAGAAGGCAGCACGGCCCUCAAACACAUACUGGCCGAAAACACGACCUUGACACGUUUGAAUAUCUGUGGCACUGGGAACAGACAAUAGACGAGGGGGCGGUGCCAGUCGUGGACAAGCUGUUCUGGGAGAAGAGCAUUGACGUGUCCUACGGCUCCACCAUUGGCUACUCGGACUCCAGGCACCAGGGAGGGAACCUGUGCACUCGACUCAAGGACGAUGCCCUGGCCCUGGUGACUAAACUGAAGCCAGAGAAGCGACUGGCUCUGGUCAAGUACUUCAAGAAGCUGGACAAGAAGGCGGAGUCAGAACGCGGAAGAGGAAGCGAAAUACUCAACCCAUUUCUCCUCAAAGUUCAAACCAAUACUGUUACUUAUCGAGACCUGGCUCAGAGAAUCAAGAUGGAAGGCGACUCUCCACAUGACAUCAUAAACCAUGCUCUCGCUCAGAUAGGACGUGUCAGCAAGGGUCAUAUGCAAGUAGCUCGUCACAGCGCGGACAUUCAAUCGCUCAGAAACCUCGAACUGAAAGCCCAGAUGGAGGAAAUGAUUGACACCAAGAGCGACCUCAGCUUAUUGAAGGUCGUUAAGUUUGGAGAUCCCGACAUCAUAGACCGGGGUGACGACUUCUCGGACACUAAAUUCCAGCAAGACAAAGAGAAAGAGAGCAACACCGCCACCCCUCCUGACCCAAACACUGACACCCCGAAGUAGCAUCGGACAAGUUUGGAGGACUGCGAAUUACAUUAUGCCAGCGCACACACAGCCAAUCGGAUUCUUCAGUUUGAGUUGGGGGCUAGCCAGAUUCUCUUUCGUGGACGGGGUAAAAGCUACCAUUUUGGCACGACACGACCGAAUUCAUCAAUUGAAUUUGACUAUGACCUUCUGAAGCAGAAUAUGCAUUUGUUUUUAAGAUCGUGAAUCGAAUCGGUCGUACUGUAUCAAGAUAGUAGCUUUCGCCCUAUCCGUGAAGGAAUGUUUGAGUAGCCCCGACUCAAUCCAGCGAAUCCGAUUUGUAGCGUGCACUUGGUAUUAGGUUGACAGACUAUACAAUAUUAUAGUUCAGACAAGCAGACCGAUUAACACAAUGGUGCCCCAAAGUAUGUCAGUUUUAGAGAGACGACAACUGCGUUUUGCUAUUAAAAGAUACAGUAAUAUUUAACCUCCCCCCUCCCCACACCCUCACGCUGGCCAACCGAAUGGUGUGCCGAAGCCUGAGGUCAAGAUAUCGUGUUCCGAUAGUUUACAAUAACGCAGACAAACGGACUGAUGACACAUUGUGAUGACGCUCUGAAGUAAGUCAAAUCUGGAGAAUUUAAAACACUGAUCUUUUAUUAUCAUACAGUACUUAACUGACAAGCAAACCGACCAAUGGAAUAUGCACUGCAGUUUGUCAAUUCUGAAGGAAUAAGUAUCAUUCAACGUCUGAGGUAUCAUAAGAUAAGGGGGGUGGGGGGGGGGGGGGCGCUCUCGUGGUCUAGAGGUUAUG